AUUGAUGUAUGAAAUUGUGAUUGUCAAAAUUCAAUAAUGAUAAUUUUAUCAAAAGAUAUAUUUAUUAACAAUAACAAAAUAAACUUUAAUCUCCGCCACAUUUUAUUUAUAUAAUUGGUACAAGUAAGACGGCUUUAAAUUAUGAAGAAAGACGAACUUGUAAAAUUAUGGGUGCUAAAGUUUUGUUUAAAAGUGUUGUAUCCAAAGUUCAACGUUUUUACAUUUCUUGUAUUUCUCGCUAUUAAAUAUAGGUAUUAUUACCUAAAAGGAAAAAUUCACAACAGCAAAAUGGACACAUACUCCUUAAAAACUCUACCAAAUGGUAGGAUUUUAUCACUUAUAAAAGAUAUUGUUACAGAAAAAUAUUUACGAGUUUUUUCCCAUAAGUGUAUUAUAAUAUCAAAAGAGCGGUAUAUACAAUUAUGUGUAGAAAACUUUUUUUAUCAUGACAAUGGUGUAUUAUGGGUUACUAUGAAAUUAUCACCUGAAAGUAAAAAGAAGCAACAAGAAAAUGUAGACAGCAGUCACUCAAAUCGUCUUAAAUAUAAUCUAAACUUCGUGACAUCUGAAAUUCACAAAAGAUUGUAUACAGAUAACAUAUCUGAAGUGAAGAGUGAAAGAAUUGUACCGCUGGUGGGCUCAAAUUUAGUAGAGGAAAAUGCGGCUUACACAAAUGAAGAUGAAUUAUUUAACAUAGCAUCUACUUUUGGUAUAAAUACUGAUGAUAUCGAUGUUACAUUUCAUCCAAUCAAUGCAUUUGAGAACGCACCUAAAAUUGCCACCUCCGCAGAAGUUAGUCUAAGUAUAAAUGAAUAUGACUUGGAAAAUGAUUUCUUAAAGGAAUUACUAAGCAAUCACUUUGAAACACCAAAAGCAGUCUGUUUGAACGAUAUGAUAAGCAUUAACUUAACGCCAACAAACAUGUCCAAAUAUAACUUCAGGUAUAUAGAUUUGGUGGAAAACUGUGGAAAAUUGUAUUUCAAAUGUAAGAAAUUAGAAGCAAAUGAAUCUUCCACUCCUGAAAAUUGUGAAACCCUUCAAGUCUUUUAUAUAGUGAAGGGCGUAACUCAAUUAACUUUAGGAGACGGCAUACAUACAGUGAAGCCGAGGAAUAAAUACUUUGAGGUAAAAGACUUAAACCAGCAACAGAUUUCACAUAUUUGUCCAACAGGUCUGAAAGACAGAUUUAACCAAAUACAGGAAACUAUAAAGCCUUUUUUGACUGGACAAAUAGACGAGAUGUCUUCCUCCCUACCAUCACCCAUCAUUCCGAUGAUACUUUUAACCGGUCCUAUUGGUUCAGGACGACAUCUCUUGGUUCGGGUUCUCGCUAAAUAUAACGGUUUGAAUUUCGUGCAAUUUGAUUGCAACUCAAUACAGAACUCGACAGCGAAACAAACAGAGAGCAAAAUCAGUUCUGUGAUACAGAAGGCGAAAUCUGCUGCGCCCGUUGUAGUUUUACUAGACAAUUUUGACGUAUUAGCUGUGGACUCCGAAAACAACGAGGACUUCAGAAUAACCGAGUACUUCAAUAGCACUGUGACCAACCUUUAUGAGAAUUAUACAAAACAACCGAUAAUAUUUAUAGCGUUAACUGAGAAGGCGGAUCUGAAGCCGAACAUGAUGAGAAUGUUCCUCGAGAGGAUAAACUUUAAGAAGUUAGACGUUGAACAGCGACAGGACACGUUGCAGUGGUUUAUAUCAGUGAUGAAUAUAACAACUGAUGAUGACGAAAAAGAUUUUUAUGAAAAUCACCAAAGAAUAGCGGACGGCAGCGAAAAACAUGUGCUAAGUGACCAUAUGAAGGAUGUUCUGUAUAGAGUGGCGUCAAAGACUGAGACGUUUCUCCAAGGGGAUAUAGACGUUCUCAUGCAUUUUGCUCUGCGGGAGUCGUACUUGAAGCAAACAAAAUGCCCUACACUUAUUACCAGAGAUGCUGACCUCCGUUUCAUACAAGAAGAAGAUUUCGAUAAAGCUUUGGAAACCAUGAGAAGUCUUCAGAGCCAACAUCUGGAUGCACCGAAAAUUCCCAAAGUAUACUGGGAAGAUAUCGGUGGACUGGCCAGACUGAAGAAGGAGCUGUUAAAAACAAUAGAGUUUCCAAUUAAAUACCCUCAUCUUUUUAAAUCGUCGUCACUUAAGAGAUCAGGCAUAUUAUUAUAUGGACCGCCGGGCUGCGGGAAGACGCUGGUAGCUAAGGCCGUGAGCACAGAACUGAACGUGAGUUUCAUGAGUGUGAAGGGCCCGGAGCUUCUGAACAUGUAUAUCGGACAGUCGGAGGAAAAUGUCCGAAAAGUGUUCUCGGCGGCGCGGGCCUCCUCCCCCUGCAUCGUCUUCCUGGAUGAACUAGACGCGCUGGCUCCGAGGCGGGGUGCCACGGGGGACUCCGGCGGGGCCAGCGACCGCGUCGUCAGCCAACUACUGGCUGAGGUGGACGGAGUCGACGGAGAAGACUCUCCAUCAUCGAGCUUCGUGUUCAUAAUGGGCGCAACGAACAGGCCGGAUUUAUUGGAACAGUCGUUGCUGAGACCGGGUCGACUAGACAAAUUGGUGUACGUUGGACCUUACACUGGCCUGACUGAGAAGACCUCGGUCUUGACGGCAUUGUGUAGAAGUUAUAAGCUCCGACCGGAAGUAGACCUGGAGGCUGUGGCAGCAACGCUUCCGGAUAGCUGCACGGGCGCGGACCUCCUGCAAGUGACCACGACCGCGCGGUCCGCAGCUGUUAGGGGCCUAGUAGACAAACUGCACAAUGGACUGGUCAAAGAAAGCGAGCUCAGCGCUGAGUCCGUUGUGAUCGGCGUGUCUGAUUUCUGGGAAGGUGUGGAAUCAUUCCGACCAUCUGUCACCGAGGAAGAACUGGCGUACUACGAAUCGCUCCAAAGACAAUUCUAAUAAUAAGAAAUUUUGUAAAUAAAAUAAAUAAAAACUAUUAUUUGUAUUGGGAGAUAAAAUAUACAUUUUAUUUUUUUUUAUU